GCGUAGGCGAGGCAGGAAGUCGACCCUUCCCACCUCCGCAUCCCAGAUUGGUUCCGGUGGCGGACGCCUAAGGGCGCGCAGGCUCUGGCGCCCGGGAGCGCAGCUACGUGCAGGCUGCUGAUCGCCCAGCGGUGGCUUUCUGGAGAAGCUGCAGAGCCCUGCGUCGGAACAGGGCCGUGCCGUGGGCCCCGUCCGUUCUCAUUUCUCCCUGGCCCUUUGUGGACGACACCGUCCUGCUCUGCUGUUACUGCGAUCUUCUCGGAUCAGGAUCUGGUUAGGGUUUCGAUGUAGGAGUAUCAAAAGCGUUAAAAACACCUUUCAUUUGUGAAAUGGGAAUAGUAAUGCCUGCCCAUAGUUUGGUGAGGACCUAGUGAGAGCCUACGUAAAACAAGAGCUCAGAGGAACUGAAAUGUGGGGUCCCACCUGGCUCUAUCCUGUGGUGGUCCUUUAUUCUAAAUCUGCUGCAAUGUUUCCAGAUUCCAGGGAUCUUGGGAACACGGUGAUCCACGAGCCACAGCGACAUUUCUCUCAGUGGUCGAAGUGAUCAGUAUUCCACCCAGCAGCACACGUUGGAAUCUAGCAGAACUUUCUGAGUCCUUGCUUCUGCCCCUUGGUUGUAUCCUGUGUCCCUUUCUUUUCUCAAGCCAACUUACUGCACGUGAUGUUAAGCUGGGGCUGCACCCACGGUGAAAACAGAGUAUUCUGGCAACCUUUGGCAUAACUGCAUAGUGCUGUGGAUCUGCUGGCUUGGGCAGUGCACACCUACGCAGGGGGUUACAAUCAAAAGAAGCGAGGGAGAGGCAGAACCUCACUGCUCUGAAGAUCAAGGAGUGGAAAGUUCUUCACCAGCCCUGAGAAUCUCAAGGUUUGUCUGUCUGGAACAGUCGGGGGAACGGAGUUGGGGUAAGAGUGGUAUUUGUGAAACCAGCUACUUUGAUUAAAACCCUUUGGAAUCUGCUUUGUUUAUAUCCUAUCGAUGCAAGAUUUCACCAUGGGCAGUGGUUAUUACAACAUAGUGGCUGCCGUGUUGUUGGUCAUGAAUUUUGAGAGGACAAGAUCAAUGCAGGAUUCCUGUAGUAAAUGCCCAGCUGGUACUUUCUGUGGGAAAAACAAGGGUCAGAUCUGCCUUCCUUGUCCUCCAAACAGUUUCUCCAGCACCAGUGGACAAACGGCCUGUGACAUAUGCAGGCAGUGUGAAGGUGUUUUCAGGACCAAGAAGGUGUGUUCCCCCAUCAGCAAUGCAGAGUGUGAGUGCAUCUCAGGAUUCCACUGCUUGGGGGCAGGAUGCAUCAUGUGUGAACCGGAUUGUAAACAAGGUCAAGAAUUAACCAAAGAGGGUUGUAAAGACUGUCGCUUUGGGACAUUUAAUGAUCAGAAACAUGGCUCCUGUCAACCCUGGACAAACUGUUCUUUGGGUGGCAAGUCUGUACUUGUGAAUGGGACAAAGGAAAGUGACGCAGUAUGUGGACCAGCUUCGGCUGACUUCUCUCCAGGUCACACCCCCCAGAUCAUCAUCUUUCUUGCACUGACUUCGGCUGCCGUGCUGUUCCUGGUGUUCUUUCUCGUGCUCUGUUUCUCUGUUCUUAAACAUGGCAGAAAGAAACUCCUGUAUUUAUUCAAACAACCAUUUAUGAGACCAGUACAAACUGCUCAAGAGGAAGAUGCCUGUAGUUGCCGAUUUCCAGAAGAAGAAGAGGGAGAAUGUGAGCUGUAAAGCAGAAACCCAAAAUUCCACUGGGACUGUCUUGAGAAGAAUCACAGGAGAAACAUGAAUGAUCCCACCAUCAUAUCUUUUUAAAUUGAAGACACUGGUCCUAGAUAAGACUCAGGAUUACCCCCAAGUUUUCUCAAAAUACUGACAGGUUGGCCUUUAAAAAAUGUACCCCUUUUAGCGCAUGUAUGGGACAGAGCUUGUGGGAAAGGGGCAUUUUCUAGAUAAUGCUUAAUAGGCUUCAGCUAGUUUGUUUUUGAAAUCCAAAGAGAAUUAUACUUAAAAUUACAUCACGUAGGCUAAUGGCCCAGCUAAAAUGAUAGUUAAAAAUCAAUUCCAUUUUGUGUGUGUGUGUGCUAAUAUAACAUAUGACAAAAAGCCAUAAGAUGCAGGAAAUACCCCCAACCAAAUUUUCCAUUGGUUCAGAUAUUCAAGACAAUGAGUUCUACUGAUAUGAGGGGGGAAAUUAUGACAGUGCCCAGAUUUGAGGUCAAGGGAAAAAGAUCUCAGACCUUGAGGGAGAGUUUUGGAAAGAGUUCCAAUGUCUUUGCAAAUUUUGUGGUCCCCUCCAUCUUCGUAUCUUCUGCUUCGUGCUGCUCCUCUCUGAACCAGGGCUUACAUUUUGGUUCUUUGUUGUUGUUUAAAAUUUUUUAUUUAUUAUUGAAGUAUAAUUGACAAACAAUGUUAUAUUAGUUU